UCUCUCAUGACUGUGAAUGGUUGAUUUUCAAUUGGCAUAUAUGGAUGUUUGGACCUCUGAGUGUUUUGUAUGACAUUGUGGAAAUCCAGUAGCUGUUUCCUGGCUUGAUGUGGAGGGACAAAGGCUGAUUCUCCUCCUGAUCCUUCAACUAAGAAGAGAAAGAAGACUGAACAGGAUCAUUUUUGGAGCCAAUUCAUUGAUUUUUCUUCUUCUGUAUUUUCAGUCGAGGAGUUCAGAUGAACACUAAUUUGAAUGUGGAUUUCUUUGGAAUACCGAUAUCAGACAGCAUACACAGCUUACUGCUUAUUUCUUUUUUUAAAUUUAUACAGUAACACACUGUUUUUUUGGCAUCUAGUAGAUGUGGUACAAUUUUGUUGAGACAGAGAGAGGUAGAAAGGUGACGUCAUGGCCCAUGCUGCAGCACACCUAAAGAAAGCUCGCGAGUUUGAGGCAAAUCCAGAGUACAGUGCUCUACAGAAAGCCAGGGAGAGGAGGAGACGGCAUCGUGAGAGAGCCGAGCGAAAGCGGCAGUCUGACAGUAACACCAGUUUCCUGCGGGCUGCCAGAGCGGGGAACAUUGACAAAGUCCUUGACUUCCUGAAAAAUGGAGUAGACAUCAGCACCAGUAACCAGAAUGGUCUGAACGCACUACAUCUGGCAGCGAAGGAGGGACACAAGGAUUUAGUGGAGGAACUGUUGGAGAGAGGAGCACCUGUUGACUCUUCCACCAAGAAAGGAAACACUGCCCUCCAUAUUGCCUCACUGGCUGGACAAAAUGAAGUAGUCAGACUACUGGUGAAGAGAGGAGCAGAUGUCAACUCUCAGUCACAGAAUGGCUUCACUCCACUCUACAUGGCAGCCCAGGAGAAUCAUUUGGAGGUGGUGCGAUACAUGUUGGAAAAUGAAGGGAACCAAAGCAUUGCAACAGAGGAUGGCUUCACGCCACUGGCCAUUGCUCUCCAGCAGGGCCACAAUGCAGUGGUCUCUCUGCUAUUGGAACAUGACACGAAGGGUAAAGUCCGCCUUCCAGCCCUGCACAUCGCAGCCCGCAAAGACGACACAAAGUCUGCCGCACUGCUGCUCCAGAAUGACCACAACGCUGACGUCCAGUCUAAGAUGAUGGUCAAUAGAACUACGGAGAAUGGGAAGAGUGGGUUUACCCCUCUGCACAUCGCGGCUCACUAUGGUAACGUGAAUGUCUCCACCCUGUUGCUGAACAGAGGAGCCGCUGUGGACUUCACAGCCAGGAAUGGGAUAACGCCUCUCCAUGUGGCCUCCAAGAGAGGCAACACCAACAUGGUGGCCCUGCUGUUGGACCGAGGGGCUCAGAUAGAUGCUAAAACCAGGGAUGGCCUGACCCCCCUGCACUGUGCAGCCAGGAGUGGUCAUGACCCAGCACUUGAAAUUCUGCUGGAGAGAGGAGCUCCCAUCUUAGCCAGAACCAAGAACGGACUGUCCCCACUGCACAUGUCAGCCCAGGGAGACCACAUAGAGUGUGUUAAACUCCUGCUGCAGCACAAGGCGCCUGUUGAUGAUGUCACAUUGGACUACCUCACAGCGCUGCACGUCGCAGCUCACUGCGGCCACUACAGAGUCACCAAGCUUCUGCUGGACAAGAAGGCCAAUCCCAAUGUCAGAGCAUUGAAUGGUUUCACUCCUCUCCAUAUCGCUUGUAAGAAGAACAGGGUGAAGGUGAUGGAACUGUUGGUCAAAUAUGGAGCCUCCAUCCAGGCCAUUACUGAGUCUGGUCUGACUCCCAUCCAUGUAGCUGCCUUCAUGGGCCACCUCAACAUCGUUUUACUUCUGCUGCAGAAUGGAGCAUCUCCUGACGUCCGUAACAUUCGUGGUGAGACAGCUCUCCACAUGGCAGCACGAGCAGGUCAGAUGGAAGUGGUUCGCUGUUUGCUGAGGAAUGGAGCAUUGGUUGAUGCUAUAGCCAGGGAGGACCAGACUCCCCUCCACAUUUCAUCCCGUUUGGGGAAAACUGAUAUUGUCCAGUUGCUGCUGCAGCACAUGGCUCAUCCAGAUGCUGCCACCACCAACGGCUACACUCCCCUCCACAUUUCGGCCAGGGAGGGCCAGGUAGAGACUGCUGCCGUGCUGCUGGAGGCCGGAGCCUCACACUCACUGGCCACGAAGAAAGGAUUCACUCCGUUACAUGUAGCAGCUAAGUAUGGAAGCCUCGAUGUAGCAAAACUUCUCCUUCAACGCAAAGCUCUCCCUGAUGAUGCUGGCAAGAAUGGCCUGACUCCGCUGCAUGUGGCAGCUCAUUAUGACAACCAAGAAGUAGCUCUGCUGCUGCUGGAUAAAGGGGCAUCGCCUUAUGCUACUGCAAAGAAUGGCUACACUCCUCUCCACAUUGCAGCCAAAAAGAACCAGACGAACAUCGCGUUAGCACUGCUGCAGUAUGGAGCAGAGACCAACGUUCUGACCAAGCAGGGAGUCAGCCCUCUACACCUGGCAGUCCAGGAAGGGCACGCUGAGAUGGCUAGCCUGCUGCUGGGCAAAGGAGCUCACGUCAACACAGCCACCAAGACCGGACUGACGCCUCUACAUCUCGCAGCCCAAGAAGACAGAGUCAAUGCAGCAGAAGUAGUGGCCAAGCAUGAUGCCAACUUGGAUCAGCAAACUAAGCUCGGAUACACCCCUCUCAUAGUGGCAUGUCACUAUGGCAAUGCCAAGAUGGUGAACUUCCUGUUACAGCAAGGUGCCAGCGUCAACGCCAAAACCAAGAAUGGAUAUACACCCCUUCACCAGGCAGCACAACAAGGGAAUACACAUAUUAUCAAUAUGUUGCUACAGCAUGGUGCCAAUCCCAAUGCUACUACAGUGAAUGGAAACACUGCUCUGUCUAUUGCCAGACGUCUGGGUUACAUCUCUGUAGUGGACACACUGAAAGUCAUCACUGAGGAGGUCAUCACUACCACAACGACGGUCACAGAGAAACACAAGCUUAAUGUUCCUGAGACCAUGACUGAGAUCCUUGACGUGUCUGAUGAAGAAGGUGAGGACACUAUGACAGGUGAUGGAGGAGAGUAUCUGAGAGCGGAGGAUCUCAGAGAGCUGGGAGAUGACUCUCUGCCAGGACACUACCUGGACGGCUUCAGCUACAUGAGCCACAACCUGGACAGGUCACAGCACACUCCCAUUCACCAAAGUUUCCAUCAGAAAGAGGGAGUUUUCAUCGAAGACAUGCUUACAAGCCACCAGGUGUCAGCACUGUCUAGAGAGCACGAUAAGGACUCGUUUCGUCUGAGCUGGGGUGCUGAGCACCUUGAUAAUGUGGUGCUAUCCUCCAGUCUGCUACAUUCUGGCCAUUCCUCUCCGUGCCUAGACCAUGACAACAGCAGCUUCCUGGUCAGCUUCAUGGUAGAUGCCAGGGGCGGGGCCAUGCGUGGUUGCCGUCACAAUGGCCUGCGAAUCAUUGUGCCACCAAGAAAGUGUUCUGCACCCACGCGGGUGACAUGCAGGCUGGUGAAGAGACACCGUCUGGCCUCUAUGCCCCCUAUGGUGGAGGGUGAGGGGCUGGCUGGUCGCAUCAUUGAAGUGGGACCCACUGGAGCCCAGUUCCUGGGUAAGCUCCACCUUCCCACAGCUCCACCCCCUCUAAAUGAGGGUGAGAGCCUGGUCAGUCGCAUCCUGCAGCUGGGUCCUCCAGGAACCAAGUUCCUCGGGCCUGUGAUUGUGGAGAUCCCCCAUUUUGCAGCCCUGCGGGGAACAGAGCGAGAGCUAGUGAUCUUGAGAAGUGAGACAGGAGAGAGCUGGAGGGAACACCACUGUGACUUCACUGAAGAGGAACUGAACCAGAUACUUAAUGGCAUGGAUGAAAAACUUGAUUCCCCAGAGGAGCUUGAAAAGAAAAGAAUAUGCCGCAUCAUCACCCGAGACUUCCCACAGUAUUUUGCGGUGGUGUCACGCAUAAAACAGGACAGUCAUUUGAUUGGACCAGAGGGCGGGGUCCUCAGUAGCACUCUUGUGCCCCAGGUCCAGGCUGUCUUCCCUGAAGGAGCCCUCACCAAGAAGAUUAGAGUUGGGCUACAGGCUCAGCCCAUUGAUGUUGAGGUGGUAAGAAAGGUUCUUGGUAACAAAGCCACAUUCAGCUCAAUUGUCACAUUGGAGCCAAGAAGGAGGAAGUUCCACAAACCAAUCACCAUGACAAUCCCUAUUCCCAAGAGCUCCAAUAGUGACGGGUCAAGUGGAGUGUACAGUGGGGAGACCCCCACCUUACGUUUGCUUUGCAGCAUUACAGGUGGAACUACUCCUGCCCAAUGGGAGGACAUUACUGGCUCCACGCCUCUCACCUUUGUUAACCAAUGUGUGUCCUUCACUACAAACGUGUCAGCGAGGUUCUGGCUGAUAGACUGCAGACAGAUCCAGGAGUCUGUUAGUUUUGGCUCUCAGCUGUACAGAGAGAUCAUCUGUGUUCCAUAUAUGGCCAAGUUUGUCAUUUUUGCUAAGACACUUGACCCCAUUGAGGCCCGUCUGCGCUGUUUCUGCAUGACGGACGACAAGAUGGACAAGACCCUAGAGCAACAAGAGAACUUCACUGAAGUUGCCCGUAGCCGAGAUGUUGAGGUGCUGGAGGGAAAACCCAUAUUUGCUGACUGCUUUGGAAACCUGGUGCCUCUAACCAAGAGUGGACAGCACCAUGUGUUCAGCUUUUUUGCCUUCAAAGAGAACAGACUGGCCCUCUUCAUCAAAAUCAGAGACACAGCACAGGAGCCAUGUGGUCGCUUGUCCUUCACCAAAGAACCACGCACAUAUCGUGCUCUUAACCACAAUGCUAUCUGCAACCUUAACAUCACUCUACCAACAUACUCAAAGGAGUCUGAUUCAGACCAAGAUGCAGAUGAUGAGGUGAAUAAAAUGUACUUGAUACAGUACUGUAUAGAACAAUAUCAUAAUUACUUUGUAACUAACUAUGCUUUUUUUAUCUUGCAGAGUGAGCUGAGUGACAAGAAAUUGGAUUGGCAGGAUGAUGCUGACAGGAAAGAGGAGACAUUAGCUAUUGUUGCAGAUCUUCUUGGCUUCAGCUGGACUGAACUGGCAAGAGAACUGGAAUUCAGUGAGAACGAUAUCCAAUUAGUGAGAACAGAGAAUCCCAAUUCCCUCCAAGAGCAGAGCCAUGCCUUGCUGCAGCGCUGGGUUGAGCGUGAAGGCAAACAUGCCACAGAGGACUGUAUGAUUAAGAGACUAACCAAGAUCAACCGCAUGGACAUCGUCCAUCUUAUUGAAACCCAGAUGAACAAGUCAGUUCAAGAGCAAACAUCUAGAACUUAUGCAGAGAUAGAGAAGACUCUGGAUCACAGUGAAGUAUCUGUAGCCCUAUCUUCAGUGCAAGAGGAUGCAGACAGCCCCAGAGUCGUGAGAAGGGUGGAGUCAGACCGCAGACCUCCCCCAGCUGUUUCUGAAGAGGACCUCUCAGUUGCUUCCCUACUGGAUAUUCCUUCCUGGGCAGAGCCUGUUGGACACACCCACUCAGAGAGCAUGCAUGGAGACCUGUUGGAGGAGCUUGAGAUCCCACAUGAAUUGAACCCUAACCUGUGGAUCUCUGAAGAUGUAAUUACACAAGAACCUACAAGUUACGACAACUCAGAUGAGCAAGUAUCAACAGCAUCUUCCAGGACAAAUCUUUCAGAAUCUUCAAAACAAAUAAGUGGUCAUUUAGGACAGGGCCAGGUCUUUCCAAACAAGACACACUCCUUGGCACAUGAUUCAAUCACACUUUCCACUGAAAAACUAAAAUUACCACUUCCAGGUACCUUUGACCUAAGUAAAACACAAUCUAAAAUCACACUGACCAAUCAAAGUAGCUCACCACAGGAAAAAGAUGAAAAGCUGUCAUUCCCCAAGCAAAGUGAACAUUCUGGCUUAGCUAAACCAGACUCACUCUGUCAAAUAGCUCAAGAAAGUCCAGAUGACCAAAUGUUCAUGUCCUUAAAGUCCACUCCAACACAGCCAGAGUCUGGGUCCCCUCAGCUUGAACAGCUGCUGUCAGAUCUGGAGGAGAUGAAACUUGCAUUUAGCCCAGAGACACUUGACCCUAUUUUGUCAGAAUUCAGUGAUGAAAGCCCUGAAGUUGAACAAAUUGAGUUUGAAGACCUUUCACCUGAAGACCAAUGCCAUACAGAAGAUAUUGAUACCCUGAGAGUCGAUGUGUUAUCUGUUGUACAGCCUGCAGAAGAUACUAACCAUACUGAUGUAGCAGUCACAGAGCAUACGCGUUUCCAGACAUCCAUUCAAAAUGAACCUAAACUAAUCUCAGACACUCCUGAUUUAACAAAAACCUCUGAGACAAGUGUACCAUCAAGCCUUGGUUGUCGUAAAGAUAGUCCUGUAUCCCCUACUGAGUCCCUUCCAACUCCAGAAUCUUCCCAGAGAUUUUGUGAAGUGAUGGAACCACUGAACUCAGGUCUUCCUAUCGAUAUAUUCCAGUUCAGCUCAUUUUCUUUAGUGUCUUCCCCCAAAGUAGCUGCAAAGAGUCCGUCUAAGAUACCUGAGGAACAUGUGGCUAAUCUUUGUGAGCAAGAUUAUACAACUGACUUUCUUAAACGUCAAGAAGAACUUGAAUCAGCUACAGAAGAAAUAUCAACACAAAGUAUCCAAGAUCAACCUCUACAUUUAUGGGAGGCAACUUUUGUUGAAGCCAUUCAGAGUGAAGAUUUCUCUUCUCUUUCUGAUUUGACUCCGGAGACAGUUACAUCUGCAAGACAUUUUAGCUUUGAUGAACUGAUGCCGUACCCCUCCCCAGGAAACUUGGAGACAUCCUCAGAUGAGGAUAGGCCAAGGACCAGUGGACGGCAUUCAGAAGAAUCUCUUACUUCAGUAGACUCUGAGGGUUUUACCUCUCAGCCCACUCCAGUCAAACCCAAAGCAGAGGUGACUUCAUCAACCUCUGAUGAGGAGUACAGCAUCCCACCUGGGUAUUCAGAGAUCUCUUCUACCACAACCAUCUAUACCCGCAUGCCUCCAGAAUACAAAGAAGUUGUGCAUAGUGGUGUAGACAGCCCAACGUUUGAAUACUCUGACCCAGAGCCUUACUUUGACUGCAUACAGGCUGCAUCAGAUUUCUCAGAGACUGAGCCUGAUGAACCUGAGACAAGUACCAGGUCAAAUGGAGAUCAGCCCCAGGAUCAUCUUAGCCAUCAUAGAGUACUAGAAAGGGGGAAUCGAAGAGUCCUGUUGUCCUCUGGAAGUGAAGAUUAUGAGGAUGCUCCUUUUGUCCAUGAGCCUCUUUAUAAUGUACAAGAAGAAAAUGAAGAAUUAUUACACUAUUCAGAAGCAUCGGAUGAAGAAUUCACCAUGUGUGAGUCUUCACAACCGCCUCCUGUCUGUGACAUUGGGGCAUUUGAUGAUACUGACAAAUCUCUGACAAGGGAGAUCACCGCAGAGCUCGGAUCAAUGUCAGAAAGUUCAGAUGAUGAAUUUUUGACCACCAGAAUAGUGCGAAGGAGAGUUGUCAUUCAGGCUGAUGAAAUGCCUGACCUCCCCACUCAGUCAGUGACGGAAGAAAAGUACAAGGAUGAAAAUGGACACAUUGUUGUCAAAAAGGUUACGCGUAAAAUUAUUCGCAAGUGUGUUUCGGUGGAUGGUGUGGAGAGUGAAGAGGUGUCAUUAGAAGGAGCUCCCCAGGGGUCCAUCAGUAUGGCAGAGGGAGAUGGAUACUCUAAGGUGGUGAAGCGAACUGUACUGAAGAGUGAGGGAGACCACACAGAGGUAACAUUUGCUGAAUGUGAGGGUUUCUCAGCAUCAAGUCAGGAGACAGCUGAAGGUUGUAAGGUCAGUCGCGUAGAACGGACGGCAGUGGUGGAGGGUGAAAGGACAAUGACUCACAGGGGUGAUCCGUCUUUGGCUUCUGACCUCCCCUCAGCCCAAGACGACUUCAAACAGGCACUAGGUUAUAUAAGUGGUUUUAACAGAACAGAGCCCCCUCAUGUGGUAGAGAGAGAGACUGUCAGAGAAGAUGGAACUGUGGUCAGGAGGGCCCACAUGCGUAAAGGUUGCACACACAGACACACAGUGGUGAAGGAGGCUGGGCAGCGCAAACAGGUCCUUCUAGAACAAAUGGACAACCCCAGAAAAGGGUCAAAACCACGUGACCUCCAGCAGCAUCUCCAGCAACUCUUUCACCGCUACUACGAAGAAGAAAAGGAGGACGAUGAGGAUGACGAAGAGGAGGAGGAAGAGUAGAAGAAUGUGUAACACUCUCCCCCACUCCCUGGCUCUGUCAAUGCUAAAGUCCCCCCUAAUCCUAUGCAUUAGCCACAUGCAAUCCCAGUGUGCACCACAGCACCUCAAAGCUACCACCGUCUUCCUGUUUAAGUCCUGGAAGAUGACCUUUCGUUCAUUCAUUUGUUUUCUUUCCUGGCUGGUAUAAUGUAUUCAUGAUUUUCUUUUCAUGUUCUGAUGUUGUUUUGCCUUUUUGUGACCAAAGAAAGCCUUCUGUUGUUUUCCUGAUUCAUUUUUAUUUCCCAUGUCCGAAUUGAUAUUUUUUAUUUUUGUCUUGAUGCUGUGGUAUAGAAACAAAGAAAACAGGUAAAUACUAUUCACAUUAACUAACUCAGAAACCUCCUGAAGGUAAAGAACACUUUACCUGCAAAAUACUGGUACUGCUCUCUGAGUAGGCACUUAGACUGAAAGACAAUAUCUCUCACACUGCACUGCCUCUCACAACCAGUUUCUCAGAUAUUCCUUACUUAAAAACUGUCUCACUCACUGUACUAGCCUCUCUGCUCUUUUGAUUCAUGUGGUCAAGAUGUCACACAGAGAAAACCAGACUGUAUCGACACUAAAUCGAACUGCUGCUGCUGUGUUUUGUGUAGGCUAUGUGUAAUCUGUUUUUGGAAUUAUAUAUUAUCUAUAAUCUAGACAUUACUGACAUCAGUAACCUAGGAAUUAAUAAUCACUCGUGAAGUAGAGCAGGCAUGACUAAUCAACAUUUGUCAUCAUGAUCCCAGCUUUGUCCUCUUUGUAGUUCUAUGGAUUGCCCUUCUGCCUCUAUUUCCCUUCUGUAUGUGUCUUUCUGUCCUUGUUGUUGUUUUAUUCAGUUUUAGGGGCUUUUCUCUUACAUUGUUGCUGUUGACUCAUACUGUAAGAAUGGUGAAUAAGUGAGUGAGAUGGUAUAGAACUAUUACAAGCUGAUUUUAAACUCUGUUUUCUGGAGAUGUCUUAGUUUAUUUUUGAUUUUGAGUUUUGUUUACUAGUAAGUAUAACUUAUUGAAUCUUUGUUUGCCAUUACUGAAUUAGAUCAUCACAGCUGUUUGAGAGUCACUUUCUCAUAUGACAUAUGUAGUAAGGUGAUCAGGUGUUUCUGCUUUAUUUAA